AUGAAAUUAUCUUUCAAUGUUGUUCUUACAGUGACAGUUUUGCUGUCACUAUACUCAAAACUAGCAGGUGCAUUCUGUGUUUAUAAUAAACUGGAAGGUGAUAGUCCUACUUUCUUAGUGUUCAAGGAUCUUGAAAAUUUUAGUCGAGCUUUCAAAAAAGAAGUUGCCCAAGGUGACCACGAAUGCUGUCCAUAUGAUAAUGGCGAAUGUAAUUUUGGUCGUCAGCGUGAUUCUCCAAUAAUCUUGAAAAUCCGGUUUGGUUUUGACCAUGUGAGACCAAGUGAAGCAAAUAGACUGUAUUUUAUUGAAUGCGAAGGAGGAGCAGGGAUUUCUAUCAUUGGAUCAACUCAAGCAUUUUGUAUUUACAAUGAGCUUGAAGGGGACGGUGCUACUGUUUAUGCAUACAACAUUAUAUCAGACGAAAGUAAAGCCUUCAAGAAAAAUAUUGAACGGGGCGGUAAAGAGUGCUGUCCUUUUGAUAAUGGGGAUUGUAAUCCAGGUGGUCAGAAAAACUCUCCUUUAGAUUUGCAUUUCAGAUUUGUUUUUAGACAUCUCAGUCCAUUCGAAUUUGUAAGAAAGUAUAUUGUGAGCUGUGAAGGAGGAGCAGGUAUUACUAUUACAGGUUCUUCUUAUGAGGAUCUUGCCUAUGUAUGCGAUAAAUCGGAUGGAAACAUCUUGAGUGGACAGUUAUUAGAAUAUGCCGACAGCAACUUAUUAUAG